AUGACCACCGCAAAACCACCAUUUGAGUCUCUGCCGCUGCGCAAGGACGGUCCAGCCGGGAAUGCUUGGGGUCUGUUUGGAGAGCAUGAUGAACUGGGCAUGCUUAAUUUACUCACCCCCGCGACCACCAGAGCUGCCGCACAGGAGAUUAAAGAAGGAGUUCGAGUCUCCACAGAUUGGUCUCUGGACAGUAUGGCCGUGCCCUGCUUUGGACGGGUGCCAUUUGAACAUACACUCAAGAACAAAGCUCCGCGACCGGUCAAUGAUGAUAUCUUGACCUUUAAUACCCAAAGCAGCUCACAAUGGGAUGGAUUCCGUCAUUUUGGAUACAAAGAUGGAUCGGUGUUUUUCAAUGGAUGUUCCCAGCAGGACAUUGAGCGCUCCACACGCAAUGGUGUACAUGUCUGGGUGGAACAUGGUGGUAUCGUCGGACGCGGUGUACUCCUCGACUACAAAGCCUGGGCGGAAGCCCAUGGGCAAGAGGUGGAUUGCUUCGACACCCAAUCGAUUUCCGUAUCGACUCUUCAAGAGGUGGCUCGCAGCCAGCGAGUUACUUUUCAGACUGGAGAUAUCCUCUUCGUUCGCACCGGAUGGACCCAAUCCUACAAACAGCUCUCGCCGGUGGAGUGUCAGCAACUGGCGGAUUACAAGACGCCGCCCGUGAUCGGAGUCGAGUCCUCGAAAGAGACACUCCGCUGGAUCUGGGAAAACAACUUUGCAGCCGUCGCCGGUGAUAUGCCCAGCUUUGAAGCGUGGCCUCCUCAGAAACCUGAUUUCUUUUUGCAUGAAUGGCUGCUGGCGGGUUGGGGGAUGCCCAUCGGAGAACUCUUCGAUCUUGAGCGGCUGAGCCAGGAAUGUAGGCAACGGCAGCGUUGGACCUUUUUCUUUAGCAGUGUCCCAUUGAAGGUCCCGGGAGGUGUUGCUAGUCCUCCGAAUGGCAUUGCCAUCUUUUGA